ACUUCUUCAGGUUAAAAGAUCAAAAAUAUUCUUUGUUUUUGAUUCUUUUCUCAAAUUGAUUGUUGUGAAUUUUUGAUUUGGUUUUUUUUAAAUUAAUUCAAUUAUGGAGCAAACACUUUAUAGCAAUUUACCUCCAUUAGAGACUCUCGAAACUGAUGAGAUCAAUUUAGGUUCUCCCAUAAUGAGAGCAUCAGCAAUUUAUUUGGGUAAACAUUGUGAUGAAUUAAGCAAAGAUUUCAUGUUGUGUAAAGUUGAAGAAAAAGAUCCACGUAAAUGUAUUGAAGAAGGUAAAAGAUUAACUGCCUGUGGUAAAGAUUUCUAUCAGAAAGUGAAGAAUAGUUGUAAACAAGAAUUGGAAGCUCUUACUAAUUGUGUUCUAUGGCAUUCGGAGAUUUUAUCACUAUCAAGAUGUCGUGACCAAGAGUUAAUUUGGGAUGCUUGUAUGUAUCGAAAACUUGGAAUGGAAAAGCCACCCUUUGGAUAUUUUUCUCAAGUUCGAGUUCAUGAUCCAGAGAGACCAAAACCAGCGAAAUGGGUUGCCGAUUUCCCAGAACCUUCUGGUAUUGUUCCUCCUGAACUACCAGAACAUAAGAAAGGCUUUUCUGGUGCUUGGACUGCCGUGGAUUGGUUUAAUUUUGGUCCAAGGAAACAUUAAACCUCAUUUAUUAUCUUCGAUUUUAUUAAUCUACUGCAAAUUGGUGCAAAAUCAUCAAGAUAUAUUCUAACUGUCAAACAUGAAUGUCUUUAGUAGAUAUUCAUGGUCAGUUACAAAAUCCUAAAGAUGUUAGUAUAAAUUCAGUUAUUGUGUUACUAGCUGGUUAUAAAACGAGUCAAAGAAAAACAUAAAUAAUAUAACAUAACUCGGUUAAUAACUGUA